AUGAGAAUUCGCAUUAAUCGGAUCGAACAUUCACAUUCUACCAAUAUUAAUAAAACUGCAAAUCGUUCACUUACAUUGAUUGUAACAACCAUUUCUGCGACGGCAGCAGCCACACUUUUAUUACAUCAAAAAUCACAUCUUGCUGCUGAAGUGGAUGGUGCUGCUACUGCAAUUAAAUCAGCUAAUGGAAUGGCUGGCAGCACGCCAGCGUCAAGUACAUUACCGUCCGAAGCUUGUAAAGAGCUUUCGUCAUUAUUAGGUAGCCGUUUUACAAUGGAUAAGGAUGAUUGUUCAGCACAUGCAAAUGAUUCUAGUUCAUACCACUCUGGUCCAUUACCAGCAGCCGUUGCUUAUCCAAUGAGUACAGAAGAAGUUUCGAAAAUUGCUCAAAUUGCUAGUAAAUAUAAGUUUAUAUUAGUACCGUACGGCUCAGGAACAUCACUCGAAGGCCAUACAAGUGCGCCAAAUAAUGGUAGUCUUACCGUCGAUAUGAGCCAUAUGCAACGUAUAUUAAAAAUACAUGCUGAGGAUAUGCAAGUUACCGUUGAACCUGGAGUUUCAUAUCAUCAUCUAAAUGAUGAAUUGAAAUCAACAGGAUUAUAUUUUCCUGUUGAUCCGGGCCCGGGUGCAAGCAUUGGUGGAAUGGUCGGUACAAGUUGUUCAGGCACAAAUGCAGUGCGAUAUGGUACAAUGAAAUUUAAUGUUGUAAAUGUUACAGUUGUAUUGGCUGAUGGCACAAUUAUUAAAACAGCUCAACGGGCACGUAAGUCAAGUGCCGGCUAUGAUUUAACGCGAUUAUUUAUCGGUUCGGAAGGUACACUUGGAAUAAUUACUGAAGUUACAUUAAAAUUGCAUAAUAUUCCUGAACAAACAGCUGUUGCAAUAUGUCAGUUUGAUAGUAUAAAAUCAGCUGCAGCUGCUGCAAGUGCAAUUGAACGUAAUGGUGCUCAAUUAGGAUGCAUUGAAUUAUUGGAUGAUGUAUGCAUUCGUAUAGUAAAUGCUUAUAGUAAUUUUACUUAUGCUGAAAAACCCUCAAUAUUCUUUAAAUUUCAUGGGUCAAAAGGUUCGGUUGCUGAUGACAUUUCUAAAGUUGAAUCAAUUGUAAAAUCUCAUAUGGCAUUAGGUCCACUCGUUUAUACAAGUGAUCCCAUCGAAUGUAAUCGUAUUUGGGAUGCUCGUAAGCAAGCAUUAUGGGCUACUAUGGCAUAUAGACCAAAUGGGCGUGUAUGGACAACUGACGUUUGUGUACCAAUAAGUCGUUUAGCUGAAUGUAUUGACGAAACUAAACGAGAUAUACAACAACAUCCUCAGUUUAUUGCACCAAUCGUUGGUCAUGUCGGUGAUGGAAAUUUUCAUGUAUUAAUGUGUAUUGAUCCAUCAGAUCCAUCGGAAAUGAAAAUUGCAUCGACUAUCAAUUCUCGUAUGAUAGAACGUGCAAUAUCAAUGGAAGGUACUUGUACUGGCGAACAUGGUGUUGGUAUUGGUAAACGUGAAUAUUUAGAACGUGAAUUAGGUAUUGAAAGUGUUGAACUAAUGAGAAAACUAAAGCGUACAAUCGACCCAUUAAAUAUUAUGAAUCCUGGAAAAAUAUUCUUCAGCUAA